AUGACUGCUCUUCUGGUAAGGCUGAAUUACGGCCUUCGAGACCUUCGCUUCAUAGAAUUGGAAAAAAGCGGCUUCACUCAUGCAGAGGGUUCGGAAAACAACAAAACGUUGAUCCGGAGAAAAGCUGUGUUCUAUGCUGAAUCUUAUCAUGAUGCGGAUGAGAAUAUUUCUGGUGGAGCAUCUCAACUAAAAUUUUUCAACUUUUCUAUGCAUGCUCACAAGUUGGUGAAUGGGUUGAAAUCUGGAAGUCCUUGUCCAAAGAAAGAUAACAUGCAUGAAAUCUUCUCGAUCGGAGCGGUUCCUUGCGGAGGAUUUCUGUUGAAGGUGAACAAAAUCCUAUUGGAGGAAUCUCGCAAAAAGUUACGCGUGAACGAUAAAAAGCUGUGUCUGCAGUGUGAUCGAAGAAAUAUUUUCCCGUUAAGUCACGGAGACAUCAUUGAAUGCUUCAAUGAUCGAAAUCCAUACUUUCGUGUCAUGUUCCUGUUGCCUUCUGCUGGUGCUGAUGGACGUCGUUGGAAAGAGCAACAGAGUUCGCCCCUGCUUACGGCAUGUCCUUUGGAUAUUCAAAAACGUAUUCUCCAGUAUUUGACUCCCGCCGAAGCUUUGAAAAAUGCGGUGGCGGACUCACACCCGUUCCAUAUGGGCACCAAGAUGACUUCCGUGACACAUGCUCGAAGGCUUGCGAUUGAUAUAUCUUCAAAUGGAGCGUUGCAACAACUUUACACGCCGCCGGAUGCUACGAUUCCGCUGUUCAGAGCUUCAGAUUGGAGGAACUUGAAGGCGCUUGAACUUCAUACCUGGGAUUAUGAUCAUUGCUUGGUUGAAUUUCUGAAAAGCGAAGCCUUGGCAGGAUUGGAGUUGAAAAGACUGCUUUUGAAAAAUGUUGAUACCGAAAAUCCUGCCUGGGGGCGAUGUUUGAGCUCGAAAGAACCGUAUCCUGUCGUAGAACAAGACAUACCGCAGUUACUUCACUUCCUUGGCUCUGGUGUGCUUCGAAGUCUGUAUGUUCUACGCCUUCCAAUGAAAAUGGACGAGGAAGCUUGGAUCCUGGCUCAAAAGCUGGGAACUUUUGCGGUUCUGGAGUCCCUCAGCUUCUACGGAGACUUGAAGUCUCUUUGGGUGCAAAAUUCAACGCCGGAAAGAGUGGUUCUGCAUUUAUCUCAAAUGCCUUCGUUGGAAAAACUGUGGAUUUUCCGCGAUGCUACUACAUCAAUGAAUGACGACCAAAUGCCACUUGAUGCCUUCGCUGAGUGCCCCGAAGAAUGGCUUACAAAUCUGAAGUUCAUAUCUGCCGAUCUAUGGGAAACAUAUAUUCCUUAUUCGAAAAUGACCAACUUGGAAUGUGUGGGAUUCUCAUUUCAAAAUAGAAAGGCUCUCGGCAGAUCCUUGGAAAGUGUUUUUGAAGAACUUCGUGGGUGUCCCAAGCUCAGAGGACUGCUUCUACAUGUGCCGAGGGGUUUCCAGUUUCAAGUUCUCAGUCAAAUGCCUCAAAAAUUGGAGUUCGCUGCGUUGUCAGGAGCCAAUCGUCGCUGUUUGGUAUCAGCCCUGAAUUUUCUUGCUCAGAGCCAAAGUUCUCUGGAUGACUUAUGGGUUGAAAUGGAAAAACCACGGGAAUUUGAAGAAGUUCUCCAGGCCUUGAGGAAUUUCAAGUGUCUCAAAAACGUUGUGCUUGUAGUUACCGAAAAUACACCCACGAGGUCAAUACACUCAUUCGAACGAGCAAUGCAGGUGUACCUGGGGUCACCGGACAAAGGAGCAUCAGCGAAGGAAAUCCAAGGAGGUGUUUCCGUACAGCAAGCUACACUGCUAGUUUCGGAGUACUACGGUUAUAAAGCCGUUGUGUACAGUUUUGAGCUGGAGAAGAAGAUUCCAUUCUCCUUUUCGGCAAUCACAAACUUCUUCUUUGAUUGGUUGAAAGAUGUUCCCACCAGCUGGGAGUCCCUCGAGUCCCCUCAAUACGCCAUUGUUUCGUCCAUCUUCCGGUAUGGCCGUUCUGUGCUGGACAUGGAUGAAUUCUUCGAGUCGUUGAAGAACAAUCCUGAUUGAACAACUGUGAUCGACUCCAGCAGCAGUUGCUUCGUGUGACAUUUUAUUUUUAAAAGAAUCGUUGAGUCGAACCGGGAAAGUUCAAACAGGUUUUUUAAAGGAACAAUCCUUCAAAUACUAAAGAGGCAAAAUAUGUUUCAAUGAUAACGCCGAAGUUCAAUUUGAUAAUUUCUGGAUUAUUUCUCAUUAUUGUUUUUUUCGACCAUUGUUGAAGUCAUUUGAAGAAAACCUAGAUCAUAAAAAUUGAUGACCUGAUGAAAUAGGAGAGUUUAUUUAAACUGCACCUUAACAAAAGGCAGGCAGAUGAGAAAUUUCCUAGGGGUGGAGUUUAAAAUUCUGCCAACAUAUUUCGGUUACUAUUAUUAUAGUUGGACAUAAUAAAGCAGCAAGCAAAAUUUUGAGCUUUCAUCUUGAAAUAAUUUCAUUAUCCAGCAAUUUGGUUAAACAAAAGGUAUGCCCAAUAGGAUCAGAAUGAUGCUGAUCUGUUGAUUUUAAAAUGAACUGUGUCAAACAAUGACGGAUUAUUUUCAAUUUUUUUUAAUUUUCCGCCCAUAUUUGUUGAGAUUUUAGGCUUACGAAAAAUGAAACCCGCAACUGUUUACAUAAAGUGGCAGAAACUUUUCAAUAAAAAUCUAAUGAAAAAUUAUAUCCGAUGAUUAUUUCACGAUAUACAGCACUAAUUUUUCUGAGCCAUAAUUCGACUUGGUUAAAAUUUUCGUUUUUAAUUAUGUACAAUUGUACAGUAUUGCGGGGCUAUGGUGACAUGUUCACCACCCCUUGAAGAUUUAUUGGAGACUUGUUUUUCUCUAACGACCAUAGCAAGUGUUCUAUAAGACGCAAAAAUACACAGCAGUAAGAAGAAUGAUUCUGAAGCAAUUGAAUUUACUUUUCGUUCAAUUCAGAUUUGUUUUCCUAUAGUUUUCGCUCAAGAUGUUUUUAUUCGGAAAAACAAUUAUUUUCUUUCGGAUAUUUAUUACCGGUUCAACUGUUUAAAACGAUUUUUGUUUUCUAUAUAAUACGCAUGAGUUUUGCGAGUAUUGACAUUUUUAAAAAUUAUUUCACAAAUUAACGAGGAUCGUCUAUUUUUAAUGAAAUUUCAUCGAUCUAUUUUUGUUCCUUUUUGUUGUUGGAAAAAUCAGACGUAUUGUUUUGUAACAAUUCAAAGAGUGAAGUUGAAGUAAUGACAUUCGGUUGUUACUGUUCUGUGCAUGUUUGCUGUGUGUGCGUAUAUCCUCCAUCUCCAAAAAAAACUAUUGUUCAUUCCAAGAAAACAGAUUUUCAUUUGAAGAAUACCAACUUGCAUCUUGGAAUUGAUCUUUCAUAUUUGUGUAAAUAUCGCACAGUAUUUAUGCUGGCUGUCAAGGUCUAGCUUUUUUUUGAACUCCUGAUGAAUUGAGGCAUACUUAUAAUCUUGCAUUUCUUAGUCGAUAC